AUGGCGGAAGAUAUCACUAUGGAAGUUGAACAUGCCGGCGAUAUGCACCCGCCCGUCGCUGUCGCGCAGCCGCUCACCGCACCACAGAGCGGCUCCCCCUCCCCACCGCCCGAGCUCCCCUCCUACGAACCCGACGAAACUCUCCCCGACGAAUACGAAGGCGAGGAACCGGCCGGCGAAGCCGAAGAAGGCGCUGAAGGCGCCGAAGAAGAGGAGUCGAGCGACAGUGAGAGCGACGAGUCGGACGACGAGAGCGGCGACGAGGACGACGCGCCGCCGCCGGCCGCCACCGCCACCGGGCCGCUACCCGCCGCCCCGGCCGAUGCCGCGCCCGCUGCCACCAAUGGCGACGCCAUGGCCGUCGACGUCCCCACGCCGGCAACGCCCGCCGCUGCGCCGCCACUCCAACCUGUGAAUAUUCUGGUCGCGAAACCGAAACAGAAGCGCAAGGCGCGCUCUGCCUCGGGCUCGCCUCCCCCUCCGCCGCCACCGCCCCCUCUGCAGACUAUACGCCUGGAAUUCCCGCUAGGAGGACCGGAUAAUUAUGAGGUCGAUAUUGCCGCUCGCGCGGUCGAAACGGGGCAGCGUGCGCCGAGCCCCGGCCCGCCCGUGCCGAUCAUCGUGCCACAGGAGGAGAACUUGCCGGAAGAGCCCGCGCCAGGCAAGAAGCGCAGGAGACGACGAAAUCUCGACUACGAUCUCGGCGAUCCGUUCAUCGACGACUCGGACCUCGCGCUCGACCAGCGCACAUAUAUCGCGCAGACGAAACAGGCUGGAUUCUAUGUUUCCUCGGGCGAGGUUGCGUUGCUGAAAGACCGCACGGCCAUUUCUGCUUCCGCAUCGGGAUCGAAAGGGCUCGGAGGCGGCGGGCCGAAGAGCAAGCGCCCGGCGCCACAUCUCCCGAGCCCCGAGCCGUUUGCGGGACCGAGCAACUUCCCCGGUAGCGCCCACGCGCCUAUUCAUACACAGCUCGGGAAGAGCAGGGAGCAGAAGGAGAAGGAGGCGCGUGAGAAGAAGGAGAAAGAGGAUAAGAGGCGAGAGUCUAACGCUGGCGAGGGCGUCAAUGGUGUGAAUGGGGAAGUUGGCACGAGGGAUGCGCCUAUCGCCGUCGUGAGCGACGAGGAGGGGACGACUAAUGGGAAGAGGAAGAGCUCGUCGGGCGGAGAUGGCUCCUCUAGAAAGAGGAGGAAAGUCGAUAUGGAUGCAUUCCAUCCUGAGCUCAAGGAAGCGCUCGCCGAACUCCGUGCAGCCAAGGAGAAGGAGAACUGGUCGACGAAGGGCAAGUUCCCGCCAGGGAUCAAGCCGCUCUUGACACAAGUCGCUCUGAAGGCCAUCAUGCUGAACCAGUACGACGACAACUUCUUCAACUACAUGCCGGAAGUGUUCCCAUAUAAUCGCUUCACUAUGAGCAAACUCAUCAAGCGACUGGUGUUCGCGGAUCACAUGGCGCUCCUCAUCAAGCGUCAAGAUGAGAUCCUCGCCGAGCUCAAGACCCUCGCGGAUGAGAACUUCGACAAGUCGCGCGAGGAGUACGACCGCGCGCUUCGUGCAUGGCAAAUGCGCAUGGAGAAACAAGGUCUGCCAACCGACGGCACCGCCUCAGCAGACGGCACCCCCAAUCCGCAACCCACCGCCCCCGACGCCGAACCCGCCAACGGCGCCGCCUCCGCGCCCCCCGCCAAACGCUUCAGACUCACGGACAAAAUGAAGGGCAUGAUCUGGAACUUGGUGUGCCUGAGCAACGAGUGCUGUCGGAUCGAGAACGAGAAGAGCACGCUGGAGGGGCAUGCGCCGCAGGUUAGCGAGCAGGGGUUGCGGAAGGUGCUUUAUCAGAAGAUCGUGGCGGCGUUCCCGGAGGGGUGGAUGAAUUCGGGACAGAUCUCGCGUGAUGUGAGCGUGAUCAAGAAGAAGUUCGAGACGGCGAUGAAGGAGGACGAGGUUUAG